AUGCUUUUCCUCAAGGCCCUCGGACUUCUCCCUUUCGUAGCCAUGGCUUUGGCCGGCCCUUCCAAGUUUGCCGACACCUGUCAAGAUAUUGAUGGCGAUGGUACAACUCUGCGAGCACAGUGCCAGGAGAGGGAGAAUGGUCAGCUGAAUCCAAGCACACUUGACCUGAACCGGUGUAUCAAGAACAACAAGGGCAAGCUGAAGUGCGGAAAGAAUGGCAAUUACUCCGGCUCUUGCAUCAACUGCACCCUUCGUGGAACCGCCGAGUUUUCUUGUCAGUGCCGUAACUCAGAGGAUGAUCAUAAAUAUGUCGCUACUACUCUUGACCUCAACAAAUGCAUCAGCAACGACCACGGCGAGCUUCGUUGCUAG